CAGGCAGCCUAUAAAUAUCCUUUCAGAUCUGCUUCAGCAAAGCUUUCACGUUUUCAUCAUCUCUCUUUUUGUCAAACCCUAACCUUACCCUCCACCCAAACCCAGCCACCGCGCCGCCGCUCCUCCAGUGAUAACCACAGCCACCGUCUCCUACCUCUCUGAAACAAAAGGGAAUAAAAGAGAAAAUCAGAAUUUUAGGUUAAUUGUUCAAUAUUUUCCUUUUCUAAUUGGACCUUUUCCGGCUAUCUUCUCUCAUUCAAGAAUCAGAACAACUACAAUGGACCUCAAAAAAUCAGGAAGGUGCCAAGAAGAUGUUGCACUCACCCUCACAAAGCAUUUAUUUUUAAAACAAGAUUCUCAGCAAAAAAACCUCGUCUUUUCGCCCUUGUCUCUCUUUGUUGUUCUUAGCGUCAUGGCAGCUGGAUCAGAAGGCUAUGCUCUUGACGAACUUCUUACCUUCCUUCAAUUUGACUCCAUCCACAAUCUAAUGUCAUUCUUCUCUCAGCUCGUCUCCCCUGCUUUGUUCUCUGACGAUCGUAUGUGUUUUAUCAAUGGAAUGUGGGCUGAUGAAUCACUUCCCCUUUCUCAUUCUUUUAAACAACUUGUGGCCACUCAUUACAACACCACUUUGGCUUCGGUUGAUUUUAAGACUAAGGGUGAUCAAGUGUGUCAUGAAGUUAAUUUGUGGGUUGAGAAAGAGACGAAUGGCCUUAUCACAAAGCUUCUUCAUCCUAGUAUGGUAAGCAAAUUACCCACAGGGCUUGUCUUUGCAAAUGCAAUGUGCUUCAAAGGUGUGUGGAAACACAAGUUUAUGGAUACAGCUUUCCAGCAUAGUUUUCACCUCUUCAAUGGCACCAAAGUCAUUGCUCCCUUCAUGGUUAGCAAGCAGAGGGAGCACUUUAUUGGUAUUUUUGAUGGUUUCAAAGUCCUCCGUCUUUCUUAUAGACAAGGCAGGGAUAAAACUCGUCGGUUCUCCAUGUAUAUUUUCCUUCCAGAUGCAAAAGAUGGACUUUUGGCAUUAAUUGAAAAGCUAGCUUCAGAAUCUGAUUUUUUGAAAGACAAGUUUCCUCGGCGAAAAGUGGAAGUACGUCAAUUUACUAUUCCAAAAUUCAAGAUUUCUUUUUCAUUUGAAGCUUCUAAUGUUCUGCACGAGUUGGGAAUGAGUUCACCUUUCUUUCUAACAAAAGUGGUAGAGGGAAUGAACCCUCCUUUGGGCGUGGAAAGCAUAAAUCACAAUGCUUUCGUUGAGGUAAAUGAGAAAGGCACCAUAGCUUCAGCAAACACUGUUAUGGUGGCAUUAAGAGGUAGUCGUCGUGCCACUCCUACGGACUUUGUAGCUGACCAUCCUUUCCUCUUCUUAAUCAGAGAAGAUUUCAGUGGAACAAUUCUCUUUAUUGGUCAGGUUCUCAAUCCUCUUGAUGGAGCAGAUGAACAUACCACACACAUAUACCGAAGAAAAUGAAGAUGAUGAUGAAAGUUAGCAAUCUCAUUAUCUAAUUAUUAUAUUUUGUGAUUA